AUGGCGGCGAGAGUGAGCUAUAAGACAAACAGGAUUGGAGCUCAUCCUUUAAGAGAAGAUGAGCGCCAUGAAGCAAGUCAGCGGCCGCAACAGAAGGGCAAAAUGGAGGCACACAAGGAGGAGCUGGAUGAAAAUGAAUCCAAGGUUUGUUUUUGCAACUUGAGGAACCUCAGGGAAGAAAACAGCCAGUCACUCGUCCAGGCAUCAGCUGACAACCUGUGUGCCUUGGCAGAGAGCAAGCUGGCGGGAGUCCUGCGGGCCAUCUGCAAGUAUCGGCAGAGCAUCCACAAGAUCUCCCCAAAACACAGACUGCGAAUUAAUGAGGUCCUCCAGGCUGUGAUCCGUUCAGCCCGCAGCAUAGAUUGCAGACUGGCAAACGUCAUCAUUAAGCUGGCCUCUGAGGAUAUGCUGAGGACAACUGAUCUUCAGGACCUGUACCAGGACGCAGCGGGGGAUAUCCUGGUGGCCCUCUGGAACCACUUCCCUGCGGAAGUGCUGGCCAAGCUCCUGGAGGGGUUCCAAGGCAGGCUGCUCCCAUAUCGCAGCAUCCUCUGUGUACUGGGCAAACUGGCUAACCAAGCAUUUUCAGAGAGCGAUCCCUCAAAGCUAGACGUGUGGGAAAGAAAAUUGGUGGAGUUUGUGGAGAAGCUGUUGAUUGAUAUCUCAGACAGGGCUUGUUGUGAGCAGCUCAUCCAGGAGCUCAUGAAAGGAGACAAAACCGACAAGAACCAUGCCCUGGAGAAGGUUUUCCUCUACCAAUAUUAUGGUGCCAUCCUGCGAACUUCUGACAACUCUCAAUUAGUCCAAGAGCAUCUCUGCAAGAUCUUGGCAUUAUCUCACAGAGGAGCAACAGAAACAAAGGGUAUUGCUUUUGCUGUAGGCUUAGCUGCAUCUCGUCAUCUUGAUGAAGUUUUGAAAGUAUUAGAGGACUUCAGCAAAACAUUUCCUGCCCAAGAGACAUCUGUUACAAACACCUGCCAGUGCUUUGGCUGGAACACCCUCCUGCUGUGCUACGGUCGAGUGGCACUAGGAAUCAAAGAAGAGGUUCUCCAUCGAGUGGAACUUUUCCUGGCCAAAAUGAUUGAGUACUUCAAAUGCAAUCCGAUGGACAUGAGCUUGAAGAAAAGCUUUUUGAUUGCUGUGCUGAUGUUCCUGGAGGCCGUUGCUGCAACAGGUAAAGCACAAGGUGUACGGCUGCACAUGAAAACAGCGCUUGUGGAAUGUCUGAUAGUGCUGAUUGAGAGAGAACCCAUCGACACGCUGGUCAACACAGUGCGUCAGGAUGCGAUGUACAUCGUUAAGGAGCUGAGCGAACUGAAACCCGUCCUGGAGGCAGAAGUGAAGUCCAGCCUCCUCUGUGCUUCCUUCAGAAGUCUAUUCUGCCUGGUUCCGCUAGACUUGCUGGAAAGGAAAUCCUGCAUCACCAAGCAAGCAGCAAACGUCAGGGGGCUCUAUCAUCAGGCCAUGAGCAGUCUGGAAGAAAUGCUGCAGGCUUUGCUGUUGGAGAAUCCACAUCCCAGGGAGCUUAAAAUCAUGCUGGAGCUCAUGGAGCCCUGGAUGACCUCAGCGCUGGACCACGAGCGAGAGAGGGCUGUGCAGACCGCAAUGAAGCUCUUGAAAUUUGUAGCUGAAAGUUUCCACUUUGAUCUUUCCCGGCAGUUCAGCACUCUCGCCCACCUGACUGCCGUCCUGAUUGUGCUGUGUGGAGACCCCGUGGGAUGCGUCAGUUCAUCAGCUGUGCAAGCAGUCAGUUGCCUCUAUGAAGUCCUGCUACGCCGGAAAAGCCUAAAGCAGAGAAUUCACAAGAGGAGGAAGUGGUCGGUGAAGAGGAGCUCAAAGCCACAGGAAACAGAUUGCCUUUCUCUGAUAGUGACGGACAGCAGAUGGCUGAUUGCUAUGCACUGUGAAGACCAGCUCUUCUCAGUACAGCUGACCAACUUCCUGCUGUCUGCACUAGAGAGUUUGAAAAGGUCUGACCCCAUCUUGCUGAAGGCGGCAGAAGAAGUGCUGAAUGCAGUUCUGCAGACUCACGUGAUGAAGAUCGAAAGGGUGAAAGACGUGGUGGGAUCGAUCUACAGGUGCCUGCAGCUGCGGCACUCAUCCUACUGGACCCGGAAGGUCGUGCUGAAGGCGUUAACUUUAAUGAUCCCUGAUCACAUGGAGGAAGUGGUGCAAAGCUGCCUGUCCUUCUCAAUACCCAUAGAGAGGCACGCCAGUGAGCUCUGGACUGCGAUGGCCGUGGGACCCCAGGUGGCCACCCAAGUCCUCCACCUUCUGCUGAAGAACCUCCAGGCCAAAGAAACUCUGGAUGAAAACAGCACCAGACUGUCUCUGGCUGCCAUGAAUGUCAUCUAUGAGACUUUCCUCAUCCCUGGAUACCGGGCAGCCCUUGUGGAGAUGCACCUGCAGUUGUUCAUCCCUUCCCUCAAACAGGUCCUGUAUGUGAUGCAGCUGGACCUGCCCGAGUCCCUAAAAGCCAGGCAGGCGUUCAUCCUGAAAGAAACCCCCGGCGCUCGCAGCUUUCAGAGUACUUCAGUGGAGAUCAUGAAAAAUUUGUUCUCCAUGGCGGGAGACUGGGAGGUUUACGCUUGCAUCGAGUUCCAGCAAGGGUGGAAUGUGCUGUGCACCCCCGAGCAGUUCCUACAAGGUAUCCACCUCAUUGCAAGGGCUAUGGCAGAGUGUGGCAGUUCUCAGAUUCCUGGUAUUUUUGGGGAGGCAGCUCUCAUCCUCAGCACGGAGGAGGAUGAGUUGAAGAAGAUGACAGCGCUGGCUCUAGUUAUUGAGUUUCUCAAGAGUCCAUCUGCUGUCAAGAUGAUGAACAGGUUCAGCCUGAAGGAGCAUCUCAAGGAAGGCUUGGCCACCGCAAAUCCUGUCAUAAGGGAGCUUUGUCAGAAAGGCCUCAGCAAUUUUGUGUUCCAGAAAGGGAAGGUUAAAUUUCUACGGGACCAGCUGCCUGCCUUAAUUAACUCUGUAUUUGGUGGACUUGAAGAAAAUAUAAUUCAAGGGCUAAAGGACAUCAUGGUCACCAUCUAUGACAUGGAUGGCCAGUGGAUCGGGCCCAUCUGUGUUGACCUUGCUCUGAAUGUUCGCUCGUUUUUUGAGGAUGAAAGGGCAGACGUCCGAGCGAGUGCCGUGUCGCUGUUUGGGCAGCUGGUGCUGAGGGCAAAAGAGGCUGACAAGGCCUUGCUGAAGAAGGAGGUGGUCUACAGUCUGCUCGCUCUGCUCCUCCACUUGAAAGACAGAGACAACACCGUGGCCAUGAGAUGCAAGCUGACCCUCUUGAAUUGUGGGCUCUUUCUUGGAUGGCCUCAUCUGAAGCUGAUGUUUCGCACCAUGGCUUGGGAGGACACCUGGAGCUGCUUGGUGAAUGUGUGGAAGUACCUGACCAGGAAUAACCACGAUAAUAUCCACAUUUUCAUCUCCCAGGCCUUGGGUUAUCUUCAUCACCCCCAGAUAGAAAUAAGACAUACUGCAGCACGCUUCCUCGGUCACACAAUCAACUAUUACAGCUCUCAGCUAUCAAAAAACCUUGACCAGGAUGACAUCUUCUACCUUACUAAAGUCUUCCAGGCAAUGGAAUCCAACACAGAUCCUACUAUGGCAAACUUUGCAAAAAUGUACCGAGUGAUUUUGCAAAAGCUGACUGUGAAACGGAGGUUUGCCGGAGCUGGAGAAAGGGAUGCCCAAGUGAUUGACAGCAGCCUGGGAGGGAAACAGCUGGAUGAGGCCGAUGACAGAGAGAGUAGCCCCCAGCUGCAGCUGGAAGGAACGCCGCUGCUGAGGAGGAAGGAACCCCUGCAUGUGCCCACCCCAGCCAGGGCCAGGAGGCCAUUUGCCCAGAGAGGAACGCACAACAUGUUGCCGCCUUGUCCUGCCAGGGUGGCAGCUGCCGCGGGGGUUUCCGGGAAGAAUGCACAGCCCUCUGAGCCAGGCGGCCAUUCCACCAUAGAGGUACCUUUGGGAGAAGGCCCCUUUGCCAAGCAGCUGUCCCAGGCCUUCUCAAAAGAACUGGCUUGGGUGUACAUCGCAGGUCUGGCUACAGCACAGGCAGAGCUCCUGGAUACCCUGUGGGAAGGACUGAAGGAAGCCAUUCCUCAGAUACAGCUUCUUCUUCAGCAAUUUGAAAUGUGA